AUGGUUCAACCGCACGAGUACAACUCGCUCGAGCUCGACAAUGAGCUGACCGACGGCGAAACGGUUCACGAGAUGAUGGCGCACAAGGCCGGAUUAACUUACAAGUUUGUAAACGCUCCUUUCUUGUUUAUCGGACACGUUUCUUUUAGCGAUUUCAACAUUCUGCCCGGAUUCAUCAACUUUGGCGUUCAUGACGUUUGUUUGGAGACGAAUAUCACAAAGGAUCUGAAGAUCAAAGCGCCGCUCGUUUCUUCGCCCAUGGACACUGUCACCGAGUCCGGAAUGGCCAUCGUCAUGGCGGUAAGAACUACAAAUCGAGCACAUCAUUUCACAUUUUCAUUGUGUUUCGAGGGUUUUACGCAAAAAUAAAAACCACUGGGUGUAGCACUAGUAGACGUAAUCAUCAGAAAUCCAAUUUCCAGUUGUACGGAGGCAUCGGAAUCAUUCACGGAAACUUCCCGAAGCCGGAAGAUCAGGCGUCGGAAGUGUUGAAAGUGAAGCGAUUCAAGCAGGGAUACGUGAUGCAGCCGCACUGUCUCCGCCGCGAUUCGACCGCGUUCGACAUGAUUCAGAUCAAGAAGAAGUACGGAUACACGGGCGCUCCGGUCACCGAGGACGGACACGUCGGAUCCAAGCUGAUAGGUACGGGAACGAGGAGUUUAGAAAUGGUAGAGACAUUUCUGAAAAUUCAGGAAUGGUCACCUCUCGUGAUUUCGAUUUCAUCACGAUGGACGUAGCCGGCCAGAAAGGUACCCCAAUCUCUGAUGUGAGUUUCCCGCGCAUUUUCUCCAAUUUUCUUGCAGAUUUUAGCUAAAUUCUCUCUCUCUCUCUCUCCCCGACCAAAAAAGUGUUUUUUGUCGAUUUUUAAAUGUUGUGCAUGCUCUCUGCCCUAAUCACCGUAAUUAGUGUGUGUGCGUUCUCCUGCCCCACUCCUACCUAAUCGUCCAUCUUUUUAUUAUUCAGAACGACGUGACGCCGGACACCCCGAUCUACAAGGUACAGUCACUUUUUACCCGCAAAUUAACACGAGUUUUUAUUCUAAAAACAAAAAUAACGGAUUUUCUCCGAUCUGCAUAAUUUCGUUUUGUCUGUCCCUCAAAGCACUGUCCUUUUUAUCCUAAUGUCUUCAUUUUCCCAUUCUUACUCAAAAUUUCCACUAAAGUUCAAGUAAUUUAGGAGAAAAUAGCAAAAAGCUAGAGAGGUUUCGCCCGGAUAAACAGUGAAAUGUUCAGAUUAUGGUGCCGGUUGAGCAACUGACGCUCGGACACAUCAACGACGCUCCGGAAAUUUCGCAGAAGAAGCUCAAAGAGCACCGUCUCGGAAAACUGCCGAUCGUCAACGAUCACGGCGAUUUGUGCGCUCUUCUGUGCCGUUCCGAUCUGCUCAAGGUGAACAAUUCGGAUGUUUCUAGACAACUUUCGUCAAUUUCAGGCGCGUGACUAUCCGAAUGCAUCUUACGACUCCAAGGGUCAAUUGCUGUGCGGAGCGGCGGUGAACACGCGCGGAGAAUCACAAUACACUGUCGAUCGUCUUGUGGAAGCCGGCGCCGACGUUCUCAUCAUUGUGAGCCCGUUUUCAUGCCCACUUUCAGAUUCUUCACACAAAAUUACCCACGAAACCUUUAUUUUCGUAGGACUCGUCAAACGGCUCGUCGACGUAUCAAAUCGCCAUGCUGCAGUACAUAAAGCAGAAGCAUCCGCACGUGCAGGUGAUCGCCGGCAACGUGGUCACUCGUGCUCAGGCCAAAAUGCUCAUCGAUUUGGGCGCUGACGGACUCCGCAUCGGAAUGGGCUCCGGAUCCAUUUGCAUCACUCAGGAUGGUAAGGGAACCAGAAAAUCUGUGAGACAAGACAAAGGCCUUUUCUUGCAGUGAUGGCAGUGGGGAGAGCCCAAGGAACAGCCGUGUACGACGUGGCCCGUUACGCGAACCAACGUGGCAUUCCGGUGGUCGCCGACGGAGGAAUCAGAGACGUCGGCUACAUUACGAAGGCCCUCUCGCUCGGAGCAUCCGCAGUUAUGAUGGGAGGACUGCUCGCCGCCACCACCGAAGCGCCCGGAGAGUAUUUCUGGGGACCGGGCGGGGUUCGAGUCAAGAAGUACAGAGGAAUGGGCAGUUUGGACGCGAUGGAGGCGCACGCUUCCAGUCAGGACCGCUAUUUUACUGCGUACGUGAUAUUCUAGAGACGAUUUCAGCCAUUUUGAGGUCAAAACGAAAGCUAGUAUCGUUUUCCCCCCUAAUAACGCUGAAUUUCAAUGGAUUUUGUCGGAAUUGAGCACUUUCACUAAAAAUUGGAAAAAAGCGCUUUCAGCGAGUCGGACCAGAUAAAAGUGGCGCAGGGCGUGUCGGCGACGAUGAAGGACCGCGGAUCGUGUCACAAGUUCAUUCCGUACCUGAUCCGAGGAGUCCAGCACGGAAUGCAGGACAUCGGAGUCCGAUCUCUUCGCGAAUUCCGCGAGAAAGUCGACGGAGGAAUCGUGAAAUUCGAGAGACGCUCCACGAACGCCCAAUUGGAAGGAGGCGUCCAUUCGCUCCAUUCGUGAGUGAUUUUAUUUAGACUUUUUUCCCGGAUUCCCCGAAUUUUCCGUACUUUCCAAGUUUUUUAUAGUUGUGGUGGAUGUAUCAUCUAACUGUGAGCGCGUUCUAAAAAUUAGUUUUUCAUUUAAAAAGUCCCCUUACAGAAUAGAACAAUCCACGUGGCGGGUACCCUCAAUGAUGACAGGUAUUUUCAGAGGGAAAUCGAUUUUUUUCCAAAAACAAACUGUCAAAAUCUCAUAAGAAACCACAAAAAUGUACUCUUUCGUGAUGCACCCACCACAAUCGGACAUUGCACACUUCUACUCGUGCCUCUAUCAUUUCCAGCCGAUUUUUCCAGAACUUUCUACCAGAAUACUAUUUUUCUGCAAUUUCAGGUUCGAAAAACGCCUCUACUGA